UUUGUCUUUCUAAUCUUUUCUUAAUUUUACCAAAACAAGUUAAGAGAUAUGGAUAUGUAUUUUCUUUAUUUUAUACGUCAAAUAUGAUCUUCGAAGUUGCCUUUUAUUCUUCUUUUGGUUUGUGGUUGAAUAUGCCUUUCUUUUUCUGUUUUGUGGGGUAAGAGCUCGAGAGAGAAAGACAAGGAUUGAUUAAUACGGAAAUGGAGGGGCCUGUGGUAUGGGUGUUAAAGAGACCCAUACACCCAUAUCUAAGAAGACCCAAUAUGUUUUUGCUCUUAGAAUCUCCCUAGGGUUUCUGAGAUUUUCUAGCACUCUGAUAUGUAACUGGGGUUUGUUGUCUAAAUCUUGCCGGUGUCUGUGCGUUCUGACUAUUCAUAUAAAAAAUGCCCAUUUUUUUGUGUGCAUCUUUUGCAGAUUCUGGGGUUCAGUUUUCCAUAAAAGCUUUUAAUUGUUAGUUUUUAUCUAGUUUCUUUUUGGUUCUGGGUUGUCACAAUUUCUCUCAAGUUUAGCACUAAUUUCCUUCGUAUAUAUUUCUAAAUUCUCCCGGAGUUCUUCAUCUGUAAUUUUUCCUGUAAAUUUUGACAUAUCUUUCCUAUAGUACUUUUUGAGCCAAAGCAUAAGCGUUCUUGGAAUUUUCACCAAAAGUAGUUGUUUUUGUGUUCAUUUAGAACAUGGUGAGAGGGAAGAUUCAGAUGAAGCGAAUCGAAAACGCGACGAGCCGUCAAGUCACCUUCUCAAAGCGUCGAAGAGGACUGCUAAAGAAGGCCUUCGAGCUCUCCAUCCUUUGCGAGGCCGAAAUCGCCGUGAUCGUCUUUUCCCAGAAAGGCAGGCUCUAUGAGUUUUCAAGCUCUGACAUGCAAAAGUUGACAGAACGAUAUCUUAACCAUGCAAAAGGUGGGGAAUUCAACACUAUUGCAGUGGACCAAUAUAUGCAGCAACUGAUGCGUGAAAGUGUAAGCAUGGCAAAGAAGAUCGAGCUUCUUGAUGUUUCUCAAAGGAAGCUUUUGGGACAUGGUUUAAGUUUGUGUACUUGUGAGGAGCUUGAAGAGAUCGAGAGCCAGUUGGAGCGAAGCCUAUGCCGCAUCAGGGAAAGAAAGGCUCAGUUAUUGAUGGAUCAAAUAAAGCAUCUAAAGGAAAAGGAGAGACUUUUGCUAGAAGAUAAUGCAAGCUUAAGAAAAAAGUUACCAGUUGCUCAAGAGAAAGAGAUUGUACUCAACUGCAGCCAAAGUAGCCAGGAUUCGGACAUAGAUGUGGAGACUGAAUUGUUCCUUGGACUGCCUCAAAUGCGCUGCUCGUAGAAGUAUGUGGGGGGGCUUUUGGAGUACGUUCUUCCAUGAUUUGUCAGCAGAAUCGAAUAAUGAUAAUACCCUGGCGGGCCAUAUAUGCAUUAUAUAAUUAAGAAGAAAUAAGUAUAAGUUGUGAUUUGUUGUUCACUUCUGAUUCCUCGUUGCCAAAUUAUAUAUGAUGCUUUUCCUUCCAAUAUUGUGACAUGAAAUUUGUCAGCUAGCUAGUUGUAUAAUGUAUCGUAAUCAUGUAAGAUAGCAAUGAUUUCAAUGUAAUAUAUAGUAUUUUAACCGAGUGAAUUAGAAUUACUCGUAAUAUUCCUGCAUGUAUAUACAUUAUCAUUCACGCAAAAGCAUGUAGUUCAUAUAUAUGGGUAUUUGAUUGAAA